AUAAAUUUUAGAUUCUUAUAAAUUUGUCGCAUAUUUCUGAGUAAUUUUCGAUUGAAUUAGAUGUAAAAAUUUACCAAAGUUUCGAGGCGGAAGUUAAACUAACCUAAAAGUGAACCGGCUCAAUAAUGUUUGUCUCAUUUUGUGUUAUAAUUACAUAAGUAAAUAGUGAUAUUUGAUUUAUUAAUUGGUAACUUGUGCUUGCAUUUUAAUUUUCUACCGAGUGAUAAAACAUUGAGGAUAAAUAUGAUUUACCCUAAAAAUCUACAUAGAAAAUUGCAUUAUUUUGCUCAUCAAAUAUGAUCUUUAGCAGUAGGCUCGAAGUCUGGAUACAAAAUAUUUUCCCUGAGUUCUGUCGAUCAGCUUGGGAAAAUAUUUGAAAAUGACACGGAGGAUGUGUUUAUCGUCGAAAGGCUGUUCAACAGCAGCCUCAUGGCCAUGGUUAGUCUAUCUUCCCCCCGCAAACUCAAAGUCUGCCACUUUAGGAAAGGAACAGAAAUAUGCAACUAUAGUUAUUCCAAUACAAUUUUGGCUGUGAAACUAAAUAGAGCAAGAUUAGUAGUAUGUUUGGAAGAAUCCUUGUACAUCCACAAUAUCCGAGACAUGAAGGUGUUGCACACAAUUAGGGAUACUCCGCCAAAUCUCGCAGGCCUGUGCACCCUUUCUAUAAACAGCGACAAUUGUUAUCUGGCAUAUCCUGGAUCAAAUACUAUCGGAGAAGUCCAAAUAUUUGACGCUACUAAUCUUCAAGCUAAAACAAUGAUUCCAGCACAUGAGAGUCCAUUGGCGGCUCUUGCCUUCAGUCCUAAUGGAACCAAGGUGGCUACGGCAUCUGAGAAAGGCACUGUCAUCAGAGUCUUUAAUGUAAAUGACGGUACAAAGUUAUUCGAGUUUCGCAGAGGUGUAAAAAGAUGUGUCUCGAUAAGCAGCCUUGCUUUCAGCAUGGACUCGAUGUUCCUGUGCUGUUCCAGUAACACCGAAACCGUACACAUUUUCAAGCUCGAGGAACCCAAGGAAGCGCCCCAUCAACAGCCAGAAGAGGCUCAGAGUUGGAUGGGAUAUUUAACGAAGGCAGUUUCCGCGUCGGCAAAUUACUUACCCUCACAAGUCACUGACGUGUUUAAUCAAGGACGUGCCUUCGCGAGUGUCCACCUACCUUUCCAAGGGUUGAAAAACGUUUGUGCCAUCACCACGAUACAGAAGGUUUUGAGGCUGCUCGUUGCCAGCGCGGAUGGCUACUUGUACGUAUAUAAUUUGGAUACGAAUGAAGGUGGCGACUGCACUCUAUUAAAGCAACACAGAUUGGACGGAAAACAGGACGAAGUAGAUUGCGCCACUAUUUCGACAACUGGAUCGGGAGAAUCUUCCGGAAUUGCUGCCACAGCAAUUCAAGCUGUCCCAAACACAGCCUGCAUAAAUAGCUACGCGGGUGCGUUGCGCGGCCGCUCGCCAGACUCCAUGUCAGGUACUGAAUCAGAGAAAUACGAGGAAUGGUUAGCAGCAACUGAAAGUCCACCAAAAGCAAGUGGAACCUUUCGCCUAGACGAUGACGCGGAAUUCCCACCAGUUACACAAAGGACGGAAUGAAGUAAAGAUAUUUUACAUAUCAGAGGACGAAAAGAGACUCACCAGAGGAAAAGAGACGGACAGAGCCAGUCUGGAUUUAGUCCUGAGAUUUGCCCUCUCUAAGUACUAGUGAAUAGCUAGAGAAACUUGAAAGUUCAAAAAAAAAAAGAAAGAUCUUUUGCGACGAUUUUUAGUUCCUGGGUGCAAUCGGUUUGUAAGCCUUUAUAAAGCUCGCAAGUGGCAACGAGGCAUGGCAUGUUGUGGAAAACGCAAGGAAGAGCAUGGAAACAAAAGCAAAGAUUUCCAGUGUUCAUAAAUUGUUGCGUUAGAUUAUUUUUAAUUUAUUAAUUUAAAUAUCAUCGGUGCCAAUCCGUAGAUCUAUUGGGACUCGAACGACACUGACGCGCUUCCGACGAGCGAGCUAUCUGUACAUUAUUCUUAUGAUAUGAUUAUUACCGUCAUCAUCAGUAUGGUAGAGCACACCGUAUUUGUCGUAACUCUUGUCUGUGUAAUAUUGUAACCAAAUGAACAUGUAUUCGAGUUACCGUAGAAAUUACUGAAUGGAAGGUACGAUGCGCAAAGGCUAGGCCAGUGUCAUAUAUCCACAAUGUGUCCUUCGGUUUUAUACUAACUAACGAACCUUGUUUGGUAUAUAGUUUAACUUUUAUAAAAAACUAUAAAGCUCUUAUGACAAAUGUAAAUACAUACAAAUGUUUACGCAUUGAUGUCAGUACUCGUAAGAUUAAUAAUCGACACACAUAUACACGUCUUGUAUAAUUUAGGUUCUCAUGAUUUAAAGCGUAAGAUCGAUGCUUUCCUGAAACUUUCCACUCGAAGGUAUUUUAUAUGAUUGCCAAAAAGUGGAAGUAUGUGAUGAUAGGAUGUACAGAUAUUUUCAAGCGACUACUUGUUUAUCAGCAUCUCGAAGUAGAGAGUAAACUUUUUGUCAAAUAAAAUUCACUCUUUCUCAA